AUGGGAAACGUGACAUCUACGCUGGAGGCAAAAGCUGCCAUAAUAAGAAGUCAGCAAGGAAAGAGGCAAAAGAGGAGGGAUGAGUUCAUGUUUUCUGACUGCAUUAAAAAAGGGAGUGGUAACCCCACCACCUCCUCCUGCUCCUCCUCCUGUCAAAGAACCAUGCCUAACGAUGAAGAACUCUUCCAAAACAUGCCAAAACUUGGAUUGAAAGCGAUAAAGAUCACUGAUCAUGAAGAUACGGAAGAUGAGUGCUGCACACCAACAUCAGCUCAAAACAAGAUUCCGGCCUUGUUAAUCUGUCCACCAGCACCAAAGAAACCAAGAAGGAGCCAAGGUUCAUGCAAAAGGAAACAGUCAAAUCUGCACUUCUUUGAGGUUAUGAACCGUGAGGAGGUGGAAAUGUUUUUUAGGUCAAUCAAGAAGGUUGGUUUCUCCUCCUCUGGGGUGGUCGCCUAG